ACUAGAAUUACCGGAUACCCAAUUUCAUAUCUCUGAUGAAGAGUUAAUCGAAUGUUGCAAUAAAGCGGAAGAUACGAUGAAAGAAGUAAAAACAUAGACGCUCCAGAAGAAAAAGAAACAAUUGUGGGUAUAGUACUUGAGGACUCUCCAGAAGGAGGAGAUGACAAAAAAAAAAAACAAUUGUGGAUAUAAUAUUUGAGGACUUUUCUACAUCGCCUUUUAAUAGUCCUGUAGUAUCACCCGAGAGUAAGUUAAGGAAUUUGGAACAAUCCCCUUUAUAUAUUUUACGGGAAAAACCCAAGAAAAACUACAGCCGUGAAUUUAGAGAAAAGGCAAAAUUGGCUCUUUUGUACGAUUCUACGUCAGAAAGAAAAGCUUCAGAUCGAGGUUCUUACGAUAUGGAAAAAGAGGACAUUUACAACAUAAAUGAAACUUUGGUGCCAUCCAAUCAGUUUAAAACUGAGAUAAGUAACAAUUAUGAUUGGGAUGAAGAUGGCGAUGACAUUUUUGCUUCCAUAAGCACUCAAGAAAUCCUACAUCAAGACGUGGAGAUGAAUAAUUCAUUUUCCAUUAAUAAUUUUUCCCAUACGUCUAAGUUCCCAGUAAAUAAGCAGAUAACCCAGGGUAACCAAAGAGACAAGAGCUUGGUGCUGAGAGAAACUAAUGUUGCAUUAGGACUUCAAAAAGCUAGCGGAGAACGGCCUGAGUUGCGAGUAGGUAAAGACGCAGUUGGCGUGAGUGAAAUUUCUAUUGAAAACGAAUCGGAAGAAGUGAAAAGGAAAGUGAAUCGAGUUGAAGUGGGCAAGGUGAAUAAUCCGGAAAGUUCACUUGUCUCUGCUGGUUUUCAAACAGCGAAUGGUAAAAAAACCUCCAUAUCAAGAAACGAAUUAUCAAACUGAACUAAAAGACAUAAAAGCUCGGAUGACGAUUAAAAGUAUUAAAAGUAUGGAGUCCAAGUUUGGAAAAAAUACAAACAGCAGUGCGCAAAUAGCCAACAAAACAGGCUUUCAAGCGAUGUGCGAAAAAGGCAAAGAAGAAAGAAUCAACGAAUAUCCCAGCAGCAGCAAAUUGUCAGCAGCUGGUCCAAUGCUGUGUCGUAAAAAGUAUUUGUUGUCAUUAAAUCCAAAAUAUAAUUAUAAGCCACCCCCCCCCAACUUUGUGAGACGCCGAAUAGAAACACACGACAAACCGAGACUACGACCCCAGAAUUAGGGGAGUUUAUUAAUAAUGCUGUUAAAACAAGUACACCAUGCGUUAA